CAAUUUCAACCUUGCAUAUACAGCUAAUGGGUUUCGCAUAGAAUACAAAGUGCGAACUCAAAAACUAGCAACUAACAACGUCCGUCGGCUGACAUUGGGAAUAUCUGAUUUGCUUUGAUAUCUAUCCAACAGAUGAGUGCUAGUGGGACCAACGGCAGUCCUUUAACAGACGGGGCCUCGGAUCCGUCGAACAGAAAUGUGAAAUGUGACAGGCCGAGGCGUUGUUGGUCACCCUGCGAGGAUGCUAUCCUUAUGACGACACUAAAGGAGUUGGUGGCAACCGGAUGGAAGUCGGACAACGGGUUUCGGUCAAGGUAUCUAACUCGUUGCUUGGAGGCCCUUAAGCGUGAAUUUCCGAAAACUGAUAUACGUGCUCACCCUCACAUCUACUCCAAGAUUACAACCUGGAAAAGGAAUUACUACUCGCUAAUGACAAUCCUUGAUCGCAGCGGUGUUGGGUUCAAUCCUCACGGUGAUUACAAGAUCGAUAUUGACGAUGAGCAAUGGUCCCAAGUCGUUCAGAAAGAUGUCAAUGCAAAGUAUAUGCGGAACAAGUCUUGGCCAAUGUUAGAUGACUGGAAGGAGGUAUUCGGAAAAGAUCGUGCAGAGGGAGUUCGGAGCGUAGACCUUGAGGAUGCUGUCAAUAAAAUAUAUGGUGCAAAGGCUGUCGCGAACGAGGUCUCAGGAACUAAUGACCACAUGACAUUUGAAGAAUUGUUCCCUGAUGAAGUACUGCCCGAUGGUAUUCUUCCCGAGAUGAUUGGCGAGAGCCCAUCACCACCUGAGCGAGCUACUAAUAAGGUGCCACAUAAAGUAAUCAAGAAGAGGAAAGUGGAAGACCAGAUGGAUGGAGUCCUCAAUUUGAUGAGUCGUAUCCACGAAGAUACAAACGAGCGCCUAAAGGAAAUUUCUUCUAGAAUUGGGUAUGAUUUUGAUCUUAGCACGAAGAGGACCGAGAUCUUCAAACAACUGAAAGGUAUACCCGGACUGACCAUGAAACAACAGUUUUAUGUUUCGAAAAAGCUUGUGAAGGAGCCCGAACUCAUGGAUCUCUUCAGGGGAUUGGAUGAGGUUGCUCGUCCAGCCUUUGUUCUGGACAUCCUUGAGGACGAUGGGCUGAUAUGAAUGCACUCGUUUCAUUCGCUCAUGUCGUAUUUUGUCUUUUAUAUAACAAUAUCAUGUUAGGUACUAAUAUUUUGCCACUGCAAUGGGUGUCAGUUUGUGAUGGUGGUCCUAUGUAAAAUUCUAUUCAGCUACGGUAGGCUUAGUCAAGAUGAAAAAAACUUAUGUAUUUUGUAGUAUCCAAUUGUGCCUACACUGAAUUUGCAAUACGCAAGUUGGGAUUUGUUUUGGUAAA